AGUAAAGCCUAGUGCAGACUGCACGCAGCAAGCGACAAGCGUCGAGCAGCGAGCGCUUGCUGCUUCCCAGAUACUCCUCAUGUGAUCGAAGUGCAGAAAGUGGAGAUGGUAUUUCCGGGACGGCAGUACGGCACGUGGGCAGAGCAGUUUUGGCGGGAAGCGACGACGCCGAUGUAAACAUGGUGAAUGUCACGACUGUCCCCGGCGUUGUUCUUCGAUCGAAGACAGGCGCUGUCAGGAGUCAACCUGAUUUUCGGAAGUCGAGACUGCUCCUUGGCUAACGCCACUCCGAUAUCUCCUUCAUCUGCGAAUCGUAUUUAAUUAAGGACCGUCUACGUUGGAAGCGAGCAGUAAGAAGUAAGAGAACCAUAACCUUUACCUUUUAGCGUAGAGGCUAAAAUACAGGUGUAAUUUUAAAAAAUAUUUGUAGCACUGGUCGAAUUGCGCAAUAAUUCGCCGAGAGUAAGCGUCAGAGCCCCCUGAUGAAACUAAAAAUUGGAGCGUAAAUCGAACGUAAGGAAAGAGUGACACAAGCGUAAACGAAAUGUGUAGGAAACCUCAAACGCUUCUUUUACGCUUCGCUGUUCCAAAUUACGUUUCCUACGCAUUUCGUUUACGCUUUUGUCACCCUCCCCUUACACUCGAUUUACGCUCCAAAUUCUACUUUCAUCAGGGCCAGGCUUCGUCUAUUGUGUGCGUCGUCUACAAUGCGUGGAGUAAGUCUGGAGUGAGGAAAUAAAUCUUACUCUUGGUGAAUCAGAACGCCAUUGGCCAGUGUUAUAAAUAUUUUGAAAAUUAUGCCUGUAUCUUAGUUCCCUUACACCAAAAGCUAAAAGUUAUGGUUCUCUCUUACUUCUUAUUCCAAGCUUACUUUACACAUUGUGGACGACGCUUUACAAGCUUGCUCCACGCAUGACAGUUCAUUGAUGGCAGUGUCGCGUCUGAAUGAAGGCACCACCCGGAGAUGCUGACGCUGCAAUUCGGGCAAUGCGGGAAUCAACUCGGGCGCGAGCUCUUCUCGAAGGUGGCCGCCGACCUGGGAAGCUCCAACACCGGCGUGCCUUACGGCAUGAAUUACGAGUAUGCGGAGGACACGAUCGAGAGGUGGUUCGACGGAAUCGCGGGAUGCGGCCGGCACUACGCCAAGGCGAUUCUCGUCGACACCGAGGAGAAGGUCGUGAGCGGGGUGUGCAAGGACGCGGGCGCGUCGUGGGUCUAUCAAACGGGUAACGUCGUCUGCCAGGCGGGCGGCGGUUCCGCCAACAACUGGGCCUACGGCUACGCGAUGAGCGGUCGCUGUCUAUCGCACGCCGUGCUGAACGUCGCGCGGCAGGAGAUCGAGAAGCUUGAUCGUUCCCAGGGGUUCCUCCUGCUGCUCAGCUCGGCCGGCGGCACUGGAUCUGGCGUAGGAAGUCGCGUGGUCGAGCUCCUGCGAGAGGAGUACGAAACUAAAGCAAUCAUCGCCGCGAUCGUGCUGCCGUUUACGUUUGGAGAAGUUUGUACCCAGAAUUACAACACUGUACUGACCCUGGCCAAGUUCUCGGACAGGGCGGACCUCUCCGUGUUGUUCGAGAACGAGCGGAUGCACUCGAUAUGUACGAAUCUGUUGGGCAAUUCUAACGCCACGUUGCGCGACGUGAACAGCAUCAUUUCAGAGAAUCUGCUCGCCGUUUUCCAGCCGAGCGACAAUGCCCGGUGUAGCGCGAAUUUUUUAAUAUCCAAAACGGCUGCGCAUCCCAAUUUUAGAUUUGUAACGGUCAGGAGUACUCCGCACACCCCUGCGUCGUCUCUGCAGUACGAACCCACGCACAAGUGGGAGGUGUACAUACGUCAUUUGAAAGAGACUCUGCGAGUGUCGAGGUCGCAAGCGGAGUUGACAAACGUCCAAUUAAAGGCACCGAAUCCCACGUUGAGCAAAACGAUAACGUGUAGCCCUCAUUUGUACAGCCCUUGCGUGUCCAAUGUUUUGAUAACGCGCGGCAGGUCUACGGAGAACGAUGUUGUGACGUUGGAAGAUUUGCAGGAAAGACGUCUAUACCCAGAAUGGACUGUCGUGAAUUCCUUCACACAUUUGCAUCAAGAACGUAGGUUUCUGAACCGAGACAAGUUCCUCGCGUUGGUCAGCAAUAAUUCAGAAAUACACCGGCCAUUAGACGUAUAUCUAGACAAAGCAUGGGGCUCUUAUAAGUGCGCAGCUUUCCUGCAUCAAUAUGAACAAUUUGGCUUGGAGGAGGAUGAUUUCUUGCAAGCUUUUGCCAAAGCAGAAAACAUAGUGCAUGAGUAUAAAAACUUAAAAGGCCACAAUAAAAACUAAAUUUUCUUACACGUGAUUUUGUAUUCGGAAAAAAGAUAUUUUUACUUACUCUAUAAAUGCACCUAUUCGUGUACUUGGGAAUCCGAAGGAAUGAAUCUGAAAUUAAUUUGUAUUUAUAUUCUUAUGGAUAAACAUUUAACGGUUUUACGGAGUGAAUACAGUACGAUUUUAAGGUUCUAAGGUACAAUUUCUUGGAAAUAUGAUGCAGUCGCGUACAAUAACUUUCCAGUAAACCAGUAUUACUAAUAGUUAUAUAACAUCAUUAUUAUAAUUUGCCAUUCGAUAAUAUAAACAUAUACGUGCACAUAAUAGCUACAUCGUUGAGUAGAAAAUUAUAAUAUUGAUGUUGUGUAACUGUUAGUGGGAAUGGCACGUAGGUAUUUACGAGAGACCUCGGUCACGGUUACUACAAGAUGUGGAAGGGGCGAAUGAUAGUGACGUCAUUUAGAGUACCUAUCAUGGAAAUGUUCGGAAUGGAUUCCGAUCGGAAUUGUUUCGUUUCUCCUAGAAAACACAAUAGAUAUCUAGGAAAUAAUUGAACAAUUCUCCGAACGUUUCCAUGAUAGGUACCCAGAUUGCGGCUGCGGACAUGGUCAAAAAAAUUUGGACAGAAGAGAGUAAGGAAGACAAAGGACAGUGCGCAGUGUCCCCUCAUUAAAAAAACCUUUGGAUACUAAAAGAAGUCAGACUGCGCGUUUUACUACAUGCUUGCAAUAUUUAUAUACAUAAAUGUCUAAACAAAUGGAAAUAUUGAAUACAAGAACAAUUUAAUAUAUUAAAGUAAACUACAUACAAAUUGAAGAGUUGACAAAAAUAUUUUUUAACUAAUUGUACAUUGUAACA